CAUGUUGUGAGCUCACAUGCUUUUUGCAGCUCUGUCUGAUUGACUCCUGCCUCCCAAAAAAGCAACGGCAUCAUGGGCUGGGGCUUUGUAUCACGUCUCUCUGAUCCCUCUCUUAAGACCCCUCCAGCUGCCCACCGCAGUAGAUGAGCACUCACUCUCACUUACAACACUCGAAAGAUCACAGACGUCUAUCUGAUGCACCAAUACUGAGACAAAACCAAGACUUUAAGACUCUGAGAAGACUACCGAGAGGCCAUGAGUACAUUCGGCUACCGGCGGGAACUGAGUAAGUAUGAGGAUUUGGAUGAAGAUGAGCUGUUGGCCUCGCUGACUGCUGAGGAGCUCCAGGAGCUAGAGAAGGAGUUGGCUGAUAUUGACCCAGACGACAAUCUUCCCAUCGGACUGCGACAGAGAGAUCAGACAGCUAAGACUCCCACUGGAACGUUCAGCAGGGAAGCUCUGAUGAAAUACUGGGAAAAUGAGACCCGAAAACUGUUAGAGGAGGAGCGGAUCGGAUCCACAAGUCCUAGACAGAAAGAUGAAGACAGCAGGGAAGAGGAGGAAUGCAUGACUGAGAGUGACACUGAAGAAUCUGGGGAUGAAAAAGACGAGGCUGAAGAACGUGAGAAAGACACACAAAAAUAUUGUGAAGUUGAAGAAGAUCAAGAAGAGGAAAGUGAAACAGAGGAGCCGGUAACAGAAGAGGAGGAUGUGGAAGAAGAAGAGGAGGAGGAAGAAGAAGAGGAGGAGGAAGAAAACGAAGAAGAGAACAGUCCUAAAAUGGCACCGACAUUAGAUUACACCACUCACUCUUCCAAUGGUCAGUCCAAUCAGAUACAGGCAGAGCCUGUAAGACGAUACUCUCCACUGAUGAGUGAACCAAAAGUCCAAGCUCAGGAGCCCAGUCGCAUGUCAGGAAACCCUACUGUGGUGGACGAUGUUUUGGAAAAGAUCCUCAACAAUGAUCCAGAUACCACCGAGGUCAACCUUAACAACAUUGAAAACAUCUCCCAAGACACUCUAAUCCGAUUUGCCGAAGCCUUGCGUUCUAACACACACGUGCGUUUCUUUAGCCUAGCCAACACACAUGCAGUUGACCAGGUGGCUUUUGCCAUUGCCAAGAUGCUGAGAGAAAACAGCAACAUCACAAAUCUUAACAUUGAGUCCAACUUUAUUACAGGGAAGGGUAUCCUGGCACUGGUGCAAGCCCUCGCACGAAACAGUACCCUUACGGAAAUGCGAUUUCACAAUCAGAGGCACAUUUGUGGAGGUCAGGUGGAAAUGGAGGUUGUGAAGUUACUGAGGGAGAAUACAACGCUGAUAAAGUUGGGUUACCAGUUCGACCUUCCAGGCCCUCGUAUAAGCAUGACGACCAUUCUUACCCGCAACCAAGACCUCCAGAGACAGAAGAGAAUGCAGGAGCUGCGCCAACAGCAAGGAGGUGCAGCGACACCAACAAACCCAAGAACAGUCGCCCUUCAGAAGAGCAUGACUGCCUCUUCUCCUUACGGCUCCCCUCGGAGUUCACCAUGGUCAUCUCCAAAGUUACCACACAUUGACGGCAAAGAAGAAUGCUCCCCUGCCCCAAAACCUCCCCCCCCACCACCUCCUCCUCCUCCACCUCCACCACCCAAGGCCUGCAUCCCAGAGAAGGUGGCUCCCACCAGAAUGAUUGCAGAAGUCAUCAAACUGCAAGAGGGGACUUCCAAGAAACAGCAGCAUAGUUCCACCAAAUCUAAACCCAAAAAGGGCAAAAAAGGGGCUGCAAAGAAAACAGAAACUGACAGCAUAUUAAAGGAACUGAAGAAUGCUUUGAGACCCAUCAAUGACAGAGAGAACUCUAGACCGUCCACACCUCUACGCUGCGCUCAUGAUGAACUCAUGGCCUCCAUCAGAGGCAGUAGCAUCAAACAUCUUAGAAGGGUGGAGGUUCCCAAGUAUCUUCGGUAACCAGGCUGUAAGACUGAACAGGAAGCCCAUCUCCAGAGCAUCAUCUGCAAAAACAUCUGUAAAUACAGUUACUGUGUGCUUUUCUCAGAAUCACACCAACCUUUCGGGAACAAUUCUGGUUAAUGCAGGUGUUUGGUGAGUUUGAAGACAAAUUCUGUAAAUGUGCACUUGAUCACAAAAGGGGCAUGUUCAAUUUAAAACAACAGGGUUUUCGGUUUUGGAAAUGGUCUGGAUAUUUGGAUAUCUGUAUACAAUUUUUUAAAAUUAUUAUUACUAUUAGUAUUAGUGGUAGUUUCUGCUGUUGUUGUGAUUGUACUUUCUUGUUUUUAAAUGAAAAUCAUAUUUUGCCUUGUUAAUGAUUUUUAACACUACUUCAUGUCUGUAUAAAUGUAAAUAUUUGACUUGAUUUAAAAUGAUUAAAUGUCAUUAGUUCAAUAA